AGAGAGCAAACAUUGAAACCAAAAUUGAAUGCUUUUCUGAAAGAGCAACAUCAGCAUGAUGACAGUACUACUCCAUCUCCUUUCCCCUUCCUCUCAGACCUUUUUCCUAUAAACUCUCCCUCUCUGCCCCCCCUCAACCAUGCCUUUUGUCUCUAUAACCCUUCUCUCUCUCUUUAUAUAUAUAUAUAUAUAUAUCUUUGUCCUCUCCCUUUCAUGUAUACUAGCUAGCAUAUAAGUAAAAAGGAAAAGGGGAAAGAGACAAAGAAAAAAACAUCUUUCGAUCAUCAACAUCAUGCCUCAGGCUCCAUCAACAAGGUGGUGCCCAACACCAGAACAACUAAUGAUUCUGGAGGAGAUGUACAGGAGUGGGAUAAGAACUCCAAAUGCAUCACAGAUACAGCAGAUAACAGCACACUUGUCUUACUAUGGUAAGAUUGAAGGCAAGAAUGUCUUUUACUGGUUCCAGAAUCAUAAGGCCAGGGACAGGCAGAAGCUCAGGAGGAGACUCAGCAGACAUCAUCAGCUACUGCACCAACAACUUCAUACUUUGGAUGAAGCUUCUGCUCCUCCUCCUCCUCCACCUUCUUGUCUUCCUCAUUACCUCCAUACUCCAUCUCAGCUUCUUCACCAGGAUGCAAACCAACAAGCAAUGAAUUUACUGAGCAAGUUAGAAGCAGAAGGGAUAUCGGAAAUGGCGACGACAUCGAGCAGCAUGAAUUACAACAAUGAUUGGAUGACGAUGAUGAUGGCCGGUAACACCGGUAUAAUACCUCCAUGCUGCAAGCCUCUUGAAACUCUAGAUCUCUUUCCUACUAAAAGCACUGGACUUAGAGAUGAAUGCAGCACCUCCAAAUCCUCAUCCUGCUCCACAUCUACCAACUAAAUUUGCAACAUUAUUGCAUCAAUGUAUGAAUGUUAUCACUAAUUAAUCCCUUGUUGUUCUUGUUCUUGUUCUUGUGCUGAUGUUGUUGUUGUUGUUGUUGUUGUUGUUGUAGUUUGUUAGUGUAGAAGAAACUAGUAUUUUAACUUUGUACGUCAAUCUACAUGCAGUACUUGUUUUGAUUCGCUUGUUAACAA